AUGGCAGCGUCAGCUUACAACCUCUUUCUAAACCAAGACAGUGACAGCCAUGAUGAGUUUUUGGGAUUUCAAGAUGAAGAGUUGGAUGAUCAGGAGCAGCAGGAGAGGAGAGACUUGGAGGAGAGAGCAGGUGCAGGUUUGGGGGAGUGGUGUCAGGUACCAGCGACUCCGGAGAGGGCCGGGCCGGAGCAGCCGGGGCUGCCGGUCUUUGACAGCUCCCGGUGUGGCGCGCAGCAUUCGCGUCUCCAUGAAUGGAAGCCCACCAUGGAAGAGGAGAUGGAGAGGUUUGUCGGCAUCCACGUGGGAAUGGGAAUGUGCGCUAAACCCAGCAUCGCCAAUUACUGGAGCAGGGACAGUACCCAGCUGAACUGGACGCCAAAUUACGGUCACGUGAUGUCUCGUAACCGAUAUCAGUUAAUUAAUUCGUUCCUCCAUUUCAACAACAAUGAGAUGAGAAGAGAGAGAGGGGAUGAUGCGUAUGGCGCGCUGUUCAAAAUCCAUCCCCUGACCGAGGCCGUCCUUCACAACUUCAUGGAGGAAUACUAUCCGCACCGGGAUCUGGCUAUAGAUGAGUCGAUGAUCUCUUUUCGUGGACGUGUUUUUUUCCGGCAGUACAUCCCGUCCAAGCGAGUGCACUUCGGCAUGAAAAGUUUUGUGUUGACCGACGCCCUGACCAACUACACCUAUCUUUGGUACCUGUACACAGGUGGCGCCUACAACUAUGACAGAGACAAGGGAAUGGGAUACAGCUCGGUCACCCAGCUUAUGGAAAAAGCCGGCUUGCUGGGCAAAGGCCACGUCCUUUACACGGACAAUUAUUAUACCUCCCCUGCUCUGUACCUCACUCUCCACGACGGAGGCACCGUCGUCCACUGCCGGAAAAACCGACAGUGGAUGCCCCUGCAGCUCUGCAACAUGAACCUAGUGGCUGGUGAGGCUCCUGUCUUUUAUGAAAAGAAACCUCUUCUGUCCGCCUCGUUCAGGGAUGCUGGCACCGUGACAGUGUUGUCAACAGUGCACGAUGCCAGUGUCUUUAUCAAGCAUGUGCGGACCAAGGGGCCACCUGGAUACAAGGAGGUGGUCAAACCCAGGUGUGUGGAGGACUACAACCGCUACAUGGGCGGAGUGGACAGAGCUGACCAGCUGUGCUCCUACUACAGUUUCUCCCACUGCUCCAUGAAGUGGUACAUCCACCUCUACCACCAUGUCAGAGAGGUCGCCCUGGUCAAUGCUCACAUCCUCUUCAAAGAGGCAACAGGCAUUUCCAUGGCCACACCAGACUUCCGCAGCCAGGUGGUGGCAGGCCUGCUCUGCAGGCCCCUGGAGGAUGCCCCCCUGCUGCCUCCCAGAGAGAUGCCAGGAGUCCCAGCCCGGCUGUCUGCAGUGGGACAACACCUCCUGGGACUGAGGGAGGGGGGCAGCAAGCCCGACUGCAAGGUGUGCUCCAGCAGAAAGAGAGGCCCUGCUGAGGGCAGCAGCAAGACGUCUGGAUGGAAGCAGACUGCCUUCUUCUGCAAAACCUGCCCUGAGCAGCCUGCCCUGUGUCCUGUCCCCUGCUUUGAGACAUACCUCACAAAAAUGCUCUACAAACCCAAGUAUCUCCCCCCAGAAAAUUAG